AUGGUAUACCUUUCAGAGUUCAAGAAAGGUGACGACAUCCAUCUUUCGAUUAGAGACAGCGAGAAAGAUGAUCUAAAAACUGGAACCCAUUUUGUUAUUCAGAGGUCGCUUCGGCGUCCUACUGGCAGUAUGAGGGCAACUAUCGAUCAGGAAAUCUUUCGCAGUGAGAUGGCGAUCCAAGUGACUCCAGGAACUUCUAGUGAUCCCCCUUUUUAUGUUCUCAAAAGCACUCUCCCUGAUAGGUAUCAACUAGAUGCCUUGUCUCCAAUGCUUGGUCGUCGUAUUCUUUCGGGUUCAGUGGGCUGGAAGUCCAAAAAUUUAAGGGUCUCUGGCGAGGCAUCUUUUCUUCCUGGCUGGUGGGAGUGGACGGAAGAUGUAUUAUCCCGCUUUGGAGACAUUCUUCGUGUUUGCUCAGUGUACACGACAGUUCAGGCUUCUCUUUGUUUAUACGAUAAAGACCCCAACAUUAUCCGUGCCUUUUGUGAGAGUUGGAGCCCCACUACAAACACACUCCAUACCAUGACUGGAGAAUGGUCUGUUUCUCUAUGGGAUAUUUAUAAGCUUAGGGGGUUGCCCAUUCUUGGAGGAAUUUAUGAUGAGACGAUCCCUGAUUAUCAUAUGCUUGGAGCGCGAGAUGAGAAUGGUAAUCGACAAAUAUCUCAAGCUUGCGUAAUUCUCUUUACGGUCUAUCAUCGACUUGCAAAGGAUCCUAAGUCGAAGAAAGGGGUUACCGCUCAGUUAUGGAUUGACUUUUGGUGCAAAAGGGAAAGGAUUCACAAAGUCCCUCUUAAAAGACGAAGGUAUACCGAGAGUCGCCCGAAGGUUACUAACAACCCUGAUGUGAACAUUGAAGCUCAACCAAUAUCUUGGUCACAAGAAGAAAAUGACUUGUUUGACUCUCUUGGAGUUGUUGGCGCUAACAGGAGAGCAAUCACUUAUGUUGGAGCCUUUUUAUCGUGUUGGUUGUGUACAUUUGUGCUUCCCCAGUCUGAGGACAGGCUGAUUAGACCGGGAACCUUUGAGACUGCUACUCUGAUGGCGCGAGGUGAGACGUUUAGUCUUGCGGUGCCUGUGCUUACCAGCAUUUACCGUGGUUUAAAUAGCAUUUCAAGCAAUUCGAAGCCCUCCUAUUCCAAGACUUUCUUCCCAACUCAUUAUGUCUAUGCUUGGCUUGCAUAUUAUUUCAACACUCAUCACGAUGCUGAUCCUGUUCCAUUCGGGCCUUUAAUGGUCAUAUAUUCAGGGGCGCAGGGGUCAAAAUAUUUCAAUGACGGUGAUGCACGCACUCUUAUACAUGGUGGGGCGAAAAUGAAUGUGGGUUGCAUGAUGUUGAAUAAAAAUAGGAAUGAGCACUUGUUUGACGAUGGUAACUUAGAUAAAGUGAAGUUUAGUUACAUGGUGGCUCUUCGCUCAAGUUAUCUUGUUUUGCGCCGUGAAUCUCAUGAUGGUCAUUUUUAUGUUGAACCAUAUUCCCCUCAUCGAUUUGGUAGACAAUUCGGUUUUUGUCAAGAGAUCACAGGUGUACUUCGUCGUGGUGUGGACGAGCGAAGUGUACCUUACUAUGAGGCAUUGAGGUAUUGGUCAAUUAUACUCUUCAAAGACAGCCGGUCUCGAGUAUUCACCCCAAGUCAGUCUCUCAAUUGGAAGGAAUUGGUGACACCUGAGUUCAAAAAGGUGUGGCCUACAAUAAGUAUAGGCGAUUUGAGAAAAGGUGUUGAUGUUCUUUGUUCGGGUGCAGUGUCUGACACGUCCAAGCCUAAACAAUGUCAAGGUAACGAGAAAGGGGUACUUCGUCAAAGAAGUGAUGUCAUGCGUCCGGAGGGGACUGACGACACUCAUAAACGACGUUCUUCCAGGACAGACAGUGCUCAACGCCCGUUGAUUGGAGUUGACAACAAUGAUAAGACUACUAGCGAUGCCGAGUCUGAUGUCGACUUCAAACACAGACGAAGGGUAAGACAAAACUCUGAUGACUUAAGUAUGGACGUCGACGACUUGGGCGCUGAUGGGUUUUUCUUGGACGUUCCCGAAUCAUCCGUUGUACCAUCCAACCUUCAAAUAGACGGUGAUCUCGACUUGGAAGUUGAUAUAGGGAAUACUGCGACUGACUAUCUGUUUGCACAGGGUGACGACCCGUUUCUCCCUAAAUCAACUCCUGGAAAAGGGAAAGAGUUGACUGUCAUAAAGGACUUGGCUCCCAUAGGCUCGGCGCAGAUGAAUUCGAAUGUCAACUUAUCAUCCUCCCCCAAAAGUCAACAAUCAGUCGACGGCCCUAACUCUCUUGAAGUUGCUUCUAAGGCUUUGGGCGUUCGACCUUCUCCCGUGAAUGCCUCUAAUCAUGUAUCGAAGACUGUUCAUACCCAUGCCAUGUAUGUUAGUUGAAACGCAAGGUAGACUCCUAUGUUUGGUCUGUCAAGUCUUAUCUUGCGUUGGAAGAGGCUGCAGCGAAGCGACAGAGAUUUGACCAGGUGGAGCGUGAGAUACACGCCCAAGCUGAGGUGAUUAGACAAGUCGAGUCUGACUUUGCCGAGGCGCAGAAAAGGCAGAAACAGCUGGAGGAACAGGAUAUCGCGAUCACGAAGAAGAUAAACAGUCUUGAAGUUGAAUUGAAGGAAGCUCGUGAGAUCAAGAGUCUAAAAUCAAACAUUUAAGCCCGUGCGAUGCACGGUUUUUUUUAAAUAUGAUUUGUUAAUCGUUCUUAGAACUAUACUCACUUACUAUUGUGAUCAAGAAUUGCGUUAAUCAUUUAUUUUAUUUUAUUUUAAUUGUGAGAUCCAAUUUGUACUUUUAUUUUUUUAACUCUUAUUAGUUAUUACUAUGGAUAAAUAACAAACUAAAACAACUACUCCCUUUGCCUCUAAUGUUACACUUUCGAAUGUUAACGGUAUUCAUAAUUGAAGAGAAUCUACUAAACUCUUUCCAAUACUUAAGAAAAAACAUAUUCAUGUAGGGUCUUGUUUGAUCCAUUUUUAUGGGUACAUUAAGAAUAUCAAUGUUAUUAUUUUGUCUAAUGUAUUAUUAGAGAUUAAAGUGAUACAAAAUACGUAUUGGCAAACAUGAAAAAUAGAAACUGUAAUGUCUGAUUAUUUGUUAAAAAACAAUUUAAAGAAUUUCCUAGAUCAUUUUUCUAAAUAAACCCGCCAAAUCAUUACAACAUGUGUUAUCAUAUAUAAAUAGGUGUUUUAUAAAUUACACAUAUAAUAGAAAGUUAAAAUAGAUCCCUAUUCAAGUUAGAA